CCGGAAGUGCCUGCUUAGGUGAGGGCGACGAGCCGACGACUACAUUUACGGGGUCUCCCGGACGCCCAGAGUCGCACACACAGACCAGGCCUCUAACCAUUCCUUGGAAGCCUGCGUGCCAGCACCCUGGAAUCCAGAGCCUCUCCUGGAGUCUGCACAAUCCAGAUUGAAGCCGAUGUCUUCUAGAGAGAAGGAACUGCAUCCAGGGCGCAGCUGAAUUUUGAGAGGCCCGAAUGCCUCCACAUCCACCAGGGGACCGCUGGGACUAAUUCUCUUGGCAAACUUGUGGCCAACCCAAACUACCAUGCUUCACAUCCCCGUUAUUUCUGGUUAUCGCCCAAGAUUGGCUUACAGAAGAGAUGAAAUGUGGUCUGAGGGACGAUAUGACUAUGAAAGACUUCCAAGAGAACGAGUACCUCCGCGAAGUCAUCCCAGUGAUGGCUACCAUAGAGUAGUUAAUAUUGUGCCAAAGAAACCACCACUGCUAGACAGACCUGGUGAAGGAAACUACAGUAGAUAUUGCAGUCAUGUUGAUUACCAAGAAUAUGACGAGGGCCGCAGUUUUUCUCAUGAUCGAAGAAGUGGUCCACCUCACAGAGGAGAUGAAUCUGGCUAUAGGUGGACAAGAGAUGAUCAUUCUGCAAGUCGACAGCCUGAGUACAGGGACAUGAGAGAUGGCUUUAGAAGAAAAAGUCUCUAUUCUUCCCAUUACACAAGAGACCGGUCUCCUCAUAAAAGAGACACUCCUUUUAUCAGAGAAUCACCUGUAGGUCGAAAGGAUUCUCCACACAGCAGGUCUGGAUCCAGUGUCAGUAGUAGAAGCUACUCUCCAGAAAGAAGCAAAACGUACUCUAUCCAUCAAUCUCAACAUAGAAAGUCCAUCCGUGCUGGUGCCUCCUACAAACGGCAGAAUGAAGGAAAUCCAGAAAGAGGUAAAGAGAGACCUGUUCAGUCUUUGAAAACAUCAAGAGACACUUCACCCUCAAGUUCUUCAGCAGUUCCUUCAUCAAAGGUGUUAGACAAACCCAGUAGGCUAACUGAAAAGGAACUUGCUGAGGCUGCAAGCAAGUGGGCUGCUGAGAAGCUAGAGAAGGCAGAUGAGAGUAACUUACCUGAAAUUGAGUAUGAGGCAGGAUCCACAGCACCAUUGUUUAUUGACCAGCCAGAGGAGCCUGAGUCAAAUGCAACAGAUGGCAUAGAAUUAUUUGAAGACAGUCAGCUAACCAGUCGCUCUAAAGCAAUAGCAUCAAAAACCAAAGAGAUUGAACAGGUUUACCGACAAGACUGUGAAACUUUCGGGAUGGUUGUGAAAAUGCUGAUUGAAAAAGAUCCUUCAUUAGAAAAGUCUAUACAGUUUGCAUUGAGACAGAAUUUACAUGAAAUAGGUGAGCGGUGUGUUGAAGAACUCAAGCAUUUCAUUGCAGAGUAUGACACCUCUAGUCAAGAUUUUGGAGAGCCUUUUUAGAAAAUUACUUGCUCAGGCAAAAAUGUUUUUAGGGUUUUUUUGUUUCUUAUUUUUCCUGGAUUGUGUAAAUCCUUAAUAUAUGGGUUUUUUGUGAUGAAGAGAAAUACUUUAUGAUAGUUGACCACAUUUCCAAUGCCAAGUAAACAUCUAAAAUAGUCUAAGAUAUUUUAAUUAGAAUUUUUAAAAUCUACAUGUAGAGCCUCCUAAUUCAUACUUCUUUUUUUCUCCCCCAAAUUGAUGGGACAGUUAAUUUUUCAAGCUUUGAAAAAGCAGUCCUGGAGAACAGCUCAUGUUCUUUUGUUUUCUGUAAUAUGCGAUUGUUUGUUUUGGUCACAGUAGUGUAAUUUAUUAGGUUAGGGAUCAUUCCACUAAAACAUUUAUAGUAUUUUUGCAUUACAUUGUCAGUGAUCCCAUGUGAAAAUGUUAGAAUUCUGAGUUUGAUUUUAUUGACUUGUUGCUUGCUUAUUUUAAGCUUUGUAACUUUUGAUAUGUUCAAGUAUACUAUCCAAAUAAACUGAAUACUUUAGUAUCUUACAGAAUAUUUGCUUUGAGAUUAAUUCUCAUUGUGAUAAAAUAGAGUACUUAAAUCUCAAAAGGACCUCAUAAAAAAUCCUAUUUUCCAAGUGAAAGAACUCAAUGUUUUCUACUAAAAUAAUCCUGAAACUCCUAACCAUUCUCGCAGAUAAAGGAGUCUUGAACAAUAUCAUCUAUAAGACUAAGAGAAGGGUCAAUUUGAAAUGAAAGGUGAGAGCUCUUUUCAAAUUGAGAUUUCUUUAGAAACUUCUAAUUGAAAGAGAAAAUUUAGAAUAUGAGGGAGUAGUGGAGUUUCAUUUUUUCCCAGGCCUGUAAUUUUAAUCUCAAGAAAGGUCAUUGACAACAUAUCCAUAAUCGAACCAUUUACAGAUUAUGCCUUUGUUAAUCUCUGUUUGAAGUCUUAACAAGAUCUUUGAUCUGAUGCCCUUUUUAGGGGUCCUUAAAAGUAUUCUUUAAAAAAACAAAGCAGAGUAGGCAGUAAGCCCAGCACAACUACCCCUCACCAAGCAGUCUAUGUAAACAGUUCUUCAUGAGCGAGCCAUCCAAAUCACGAGUUAGUUAAAAAUCUAACUGGGACCAUUAGGAUAUUCCACUCAUUUCCUGAUCCCUUCCAGCUGGCCAGUGGCAUUUAGCCAAAAUGUGUAUUUCUGUGGCAUUAGGAAACCUUAAAAAUCAUGCUUGUUAUUACUAUCCAGUUUCAUUAUCCACCCCCAUCCUCUUUCCAUUUCUAUUCUCUUUCACUUGAAUUCUGGUGUUAUCUUUAGUGGCCUAUAUUGAUAAUAUCUAAAGAGCUACCCCAGAAGAGAUAAAAGUUAUAUUAAAAGUGGAAAUAGCAGUACAUCUAUCUGGUGAAUCCUAUAGUAUGUAUUAUGCCAUUCCACAAAUGUGAAAAACUGCUUGAACACAACAAUUAUUUUCUUAAGUUUCCUAAAUGAGGCCACCUUGAACUCUGAUUUUUGCCAUUUAGAUAUUGUACAUAAGCUAAAACGAAACCCUAGGUGUCAUCUCUGGUAGUCUAAUUCCCUAAUUAUGGACAGUGAUUUUAUUUGUUACCCACUCUAGAAAGACUAAGAAAGUACCCAUAACUGUUUCUUUCCCUACACUCUUGUUUUUCUUUUCUUUUCUUUUUUUUUUUUUAAGAUACAGAAUAGACACUCCAAACCAGUAGUGACCCCAGUGCACCCUGGAACUUCCAUUACCAUGUCUAUUCUUUUUUUUAAAAAAAAAAAAUUUUUUUUUUUUUUAGGAUUUUGUUUAUUUAC